UUUGUGGAAAUAGGGGCAUCCUAGUGCUAUAGACGGACUGGUCUGUGUAUUACCUCUUUUUCAUAAUCUUUUGCCUUGGAAACUACUGGAAGUUCUCUUUGUGACGUUUAACUUGUGAGGAAACGCUAAAUGCAAAUGUGGUUGGUGACCCCGGACUUUUGCUUCAGUAACUAAACAGACCUGAAAUGCUGUUUUUCCACAUUCUGUAGUAGGCUGUGCUGGUUGGUUCAAAUGUGAGACACUAGUGAAGUCGAUAUAUGACAAACCGCUGCACCCAGCGGUUUUAUUUCACCUUUGUUUCACGCAUUUUGGUUAGGAUAUGCUGAGGAAACUUUUUAAGGAUGAAGAGAAGAAAAUCCCCGUAGCACGUUUCUGUUUUGUGGUUACAUCUGCUGAACAUAAUCAGUUGAAGCGGUGUUAUUGUUUUAGCCCUUUUCAAGCGUUCAUCUUUACAUGUUCAGAAGACAGUAGAGCUGACAUGCGUUUGGAAUGGAGAUAUAGUGCGGUGACCGACAACAGUUAACACAAAGUAGUGAAAUUGCCAGAUUUUCGAGCGGAUAUUGAAUGAUUAAGGCAUCAGGGAACCGACCGUAGUACCUGUUUGUGCGCCGUGAAACGCCGCUUUUGGCUCGCUGUGGACUCGGUUACUUUGUGAAGGGAGUCUCCGGAGUCGAUAUGGAGGAGUGGAGACAAUGCGGGCGGUGGUUGAUAGACUGCAAGGUCUUGCCUCCGAACCACAGGGUCGUGUGGCCCUCGGCGGUCGUGUUCGACUUGGCACAAGCCCUGCGAGACGGAGUGCUUCUGUGCCAGAUGUUACACAACCUCUCGCCAGGAUCAGUGGACCUGAAGGAGAUCAAUUUCAGGCCCCAGAUGUCACAGUUCCUGUGUCUGAAGAACAUCCGGACAUUUCUCAAGGUGUGCCACGACAAGUUCAGCCUGCGCAACAGUGAGCUGUUUGACCCGUUUGACCUCUUUGACGUCAGGGACUUUGGCAAGGUAAUCUCUGCUCUGUCAAGGAUUUCCCACCACAGCAUUGCACAAAUCAAAGGCAUCAGGCCCUUUCCUUCGGAGGACACAGCUCUGAAUGAGGAUGAUGUGUACCGGAGCCUUGAAGAGCUGGCAGAUGAACAUGACUUGGGUGAGGAUGACAUCUAUGACUGUGUGCCAUGUGAGGACGAUGGGGAUGACAUCUAUGAGGACAUCAUUAAGGUGGAAGUACGACAACCCAUGAUCAGAUACAUGCAGAAAAUGGGUAUGACAGAAGAUGACAAGAGAAAUUGCUGCUUAGUGGAGAUCCAGGAGACCGAAGCAAAGUACUACAAGACUUUAGAGGACAUUGAGAAGAAUUACAUGAUUCCAUUGAAGCAAGUCUUAAGUCCACAGGACAUGGAAGCUAUCUUUGUCAACCUUGAGGAUGUAAUCAAAGUCCACUUUGCCCUCCUGCGAGCCAUCGACCUGAAUAUAGUCAGUGGAGGAAGUGGCUUGGGAAAGAUCUUCCUUGACUUCAAAGAAAGGUUGUUGAUCUAUGGCCAGUACUGCAGUCACAUGGAAAAUGCCCAGAAGACACUGGAAGAGCUAAUAGCAACACGAGAGGAUGUCAAGGUUAAAGUAGAGGAAUGUACUAUGAAGGUGCAGGAAGGGAAGUUCAAGCUGCAGGAUCUUCUUGUUGUUCCCAUGCAGAGGGUGCUGAAGUAUCACCUACUACUGAAGGAACUUUUAAGUCAUUCAACUGAUCGACCAGAGAGACAACAGCUCAAAGAGGCACUGGAAGCGAUGCAGGACCUGGCCAUGUACAUCAAUGAAGUCAAGAGGGACAAUGAGACACUGAAGAAAAUCAGCGAAUUCCAAAGUUCAAUAGAAAAUCUUCAGCAGGUAAAACUGGAGGAGUACGGGAGGCCAAAGAUAGACGGAGAGCUGAAGGUGUGCUCCAUUGUCAACCGAACAAAACAGGACAGGUAUAUAUUCCUGUUUGAUAAAGUGGUCAUUGUCUGCAAAAGGAAAGGCUACAGCUAUGAGCUUAAGGAGAUUAUUGAACUGCAGUCAUAUAAAAUGUCGGACGACCCCAUGAACAACAGAGACAUGAAAAAGUCAAGUGGAAAAAUGUGGUCCUACGGUUUCUACCUGAUCCAUCUGCAAGGGAAGCAGGGCUUCCAGUUCUUUUGUAAAACCGAGGAGACAAAGCGGAAGUGGAUGGAGCAGUUUGAAAUGGCCAUGUCCAACAUCAAGCCAGAGAGAGCCACAGCCAACCAGCAUAACUUCGAAAUGCACACGUUUGAUAAGAAUACCAACUGUCGAGCCUGCAAGAUGCUCUUGAGGGGCAUCUUCUAUCAGGGCUACUACUGCGCUCGCUGUGGAACAGGAGCACACAAAGAGUGUCUGGAAGUGAUCACCAUCUGUAAAAUCAAUCCUCAUGACUUGGAACCUGGAAUGUCAUCAGGUCCCAAGAUGGUGGCAGUGAGGAACUACCACGGCACACCAGCACCUCCGGGGAAAACGCCGCUCUGCUUUCAAACAGGAGAUUUUAUUGAGCUGCUGAAGGGAGAUCCAGAUACCACGUGGUGGGAGGGAAAGCUGAUUCAAACACAAAAAAGUGGCUUCUUCCCCAGUUCGUGUGUAAAGCCCUGUUUGGACCCAAAGCCCUUCCAGUCAUUAUCCAGCCGGCAGUCUUCAAGGGAAGCAGACUACUAUGGGUAUCCUUGGUUUGCAGGGAACAUGGAGCGCCAGCAGGCCGACAACCUCUUGAAAUCCCACAGCAGUGGGACCUACCUUAUCAGAGAGAGGACAGCUGAGGCAGAGAGGUUCGCCAUCAGCAUCAAAUUCAAUGAUGAAGUAAAACACAUCAAAGUCAUUGAAAAAGACAACUGGAUUCACAUUACUGAGGCCAAGAAGUUUGAGAGUCUUUUGGAGCUGGUGGAGUAUUACCAGUCCCAUUCUCUGAAAGAAAGCUUCAAGUUAUUAGAUACCCCAUUGCGAUACCCCUACAAGUCCAGAGAACGCUCGCUACCAAGGACCAGUACACGAUCACCAGCAGCCACCUGCGCCUCCUACAACUUCUCCUUCCUCAGUCCGCAGGGCCUCAACUUCUCGUCCUCUCAGAGCUCAGCUCCCUUUUGGUCAGUGUUUACUCCUCGGGUGGUCAGUACAGCAGUGGCCAGGUAUAACUUUGCAGCGCGAGACAUGAGGGAGCUGUCACUGCGAGAAGGAGACAUUGUCAAAAUCUACAGCAAGAUCGGCGGAGACCAGGGUUGGUGGAAAGGAGAGGCCAACGGACGAAUUGGAUGGUUUCCUUCAACCUACGUGGAUGAAGAAGGAGUGCAGUAAGGCUUGGAUGUUUGUUGGCCUGGCUCCCUUUAAAUGAGGAAGCCUCUUCUAUCUACUGUUCUCAGAGAAUUUUGCAAACAGGACAAGGGAAAAAAAUAACUUUUUUUUUUUCUGGAUACUCAUUUUUCAGAGAUUGUUUCUGGCCUGUUUCUCUGCCCUCAAUUAUGCAUCAGCUUUGCUUUUGUUUGGAAUUUUUUUCCUCCCCAGGAUGACCUGUUUAAUUUCUGUACAGGAAAGAAGAAAUACCUGGCUUGGUGUCUGCCAGCGUCUCUGUGCUCUGCAGAGGCUUUAACUGAACUGAGAAUCAAAAACUGACUGUGGAUAGUUUUACUUUGAAAAUGGCUUCCCUUUGUUGCAGGUCUAUGUGAGGUGAAAUAACUGUACAGUAUAGAUAAUUUAUUGAAUAGAGAUUAUUAUCAUUACAAAUGAUUAUUGUGGGGGAAGGUGAUUUUAGAAACAGCAAAUAAUCAGAUGAGAAAAACUAGAAUAAAAAAAAAACAAUGCUAUGAUUUCAGGUUGAGAGAAUUUGCCUUAGUUUUCAUGGUGAUGCCUUGUGGGCUGACACCAAUGGAGGGAAUCGACUUUGUUGACUAGUUUUACUUCUCCGUGUAUGCAUGUGCCCAUGUGUGGCCCACAAGAACACACACACACAGACCAAUGUACAGUAUGGUGCCUUUGAAUCAUGGUGGUUGCUUACUGAACCUUAACAUCAACCAGUAAAGAACACAGCCAUCCCCCAAAGAAAGUUCACACAUCCAGAGGACUUAACUAAAGCAGGGGAGAGGCACUUAUACAAUAUCGCCUUCAGAGUCCUCAAAAGCAAGAUGGAGAAGCAUUUAACGCAUCCUAACUGGAAACUGGAUGGACCCUCAGUUGGAGGGAUUUUAUAACAUCUCAUACACAGUUCACUUCAGUCUUGGCAUGACAAGUCUAUGGGUGCAAUCAGCCGGAUGCAAAAUGGAAACAAAGACAUUCACCAACUACUUCACACUUCUAAAUCUCAGUUUUUUUUAAAAGCCAAAUUCAUGUUCUAAUGUCUGUAUGGAGUUUGAUUGAUAUGAUUUUUGCACCUUGCCUUACUUUUACAGACGAACAGGUGGCAGGAUUUACUUUUCCUCCCUCAAUGUCAAACAUUUUACAUGUGUGAAAUCCAUUUUGGUGCUGUGCAGACUAAAAUUAAAUAGUGUCAGAACUGUUUUAAUUUGAAGGAAAGUGUUUGCUCUAAUGAACAAAAAUACUCGAAAGGAGCCUUUAAUUGCUUUGUGAUUUUCUAGGGGCGCAGUGCUCAGUGUUUCCAUUUACCUCCAGUGUUAUUUCUACUGCCAUUAGUACCUCUAUACCGAUCUGCUAGACCGUAGCGAGUUGGCAUACAGGUACAUCCUUCAUCAGUUUGUUUUCUACUGAGAGCAUGAAUGUAUCGUACUUUCUAAUUAAAGAUUCUGAUGUUUACUGAA